UUUAUGAAAAGAGAGCUACUGAGGCGAAGGUUUGUGCCACAGCUUCAGGCCUCGCAGCAUCUGAUGCUCGACUCUUUUCUGCUGCCUGAAUCGUCUGGACUGAAUCAUGCCAGAUAACAUACUGGAGGAAGUCUUCGUCAAACGAUCCCAGCAAAAGAAGAAAACGUCACCUUUGAACUACAAGGAGAGAUGGUUUAUUCUCACCCAGGAAAAGUUAGCGUACUAUGACUACGAUUCUGAAAAAGGGCAGAAGAGAAAAGGUCURAAAGGGUCCGUCGAUCUUGAAAAAGUCAAAUGUGUGGAAACGGUUCUGCCGGAGCCCAACGCCCCACUGGAACGCCAGUAUGCCUUCCAGAUCAUUUACGAUGAAGGGCCGUUGUACAUCUUUGCAAAAAAUGAGGACAUUCGGACUCUGUGGCUGAAAAAUUUAAAAGAAUUGGUGCGCUUCAACAAAGACCUGAUGCAGAAGUAUCACCCUUGCUUCUGGGUGGAUGGGGCGUGGCUCUGCUGCCAGCAGGAAGUUAAACAAGCUAUGGGCUGCAAACCCAUACUGGACCCCAAGAAUGGUAUUACGACAAGUCGAAGAGCAUCCAGGAAACCUCUUCCUCCAACGCCAACAGAGGAAAAGGCUAGUCGGCCUUUACCUCCACAGCCUCCCGAGCCUCCUGCGCCUUCACCAAGCAUGACCGUCAUAGCUAUGUAUGAUUACGUACCUACGACAGCCCAGGACCUGGAGCUGAGAAAGAACGAGGAGUACACCAUCCUGGAGAAGUCUGACCUCAACUGGUGGAAAGCCCGAGACGCAUACGGAAAAGAAGGCUACAUACCAAAUAAUUAUGUCGUGGAGGCGGAAAAGGGCCUUGAAAAACACAAUUGGUACAGCAAAAACAUGAACCGUAGCCAAGCCGAACAGCUGCUGAAGUCUGAGAACAAAGAUGGAGGUUUCAUGGUACGGGACUCGAGCAAAGCUGGGAAAUACACGGUGUCUUUGCUCACUAAGGCCAGUGGGGAAAUAACUGGAAGCUGCAGGCAUUACAACAUCUGCACAACCCCGCAGGGACAGUUUUACCUGGCAGAGAAGCAUCACUUUAACACCAUCCCGGAGCUCAUCAACUAUCACCAGCACAACGCCGCAGGUAUGGUUAGCAGGCUGAAACACAUUGUGUCUAAUCGACCAAGGCCUCCAUCAACAGCAGGGCUUGGCUAUGGUGUGUGGGAGAUCGACCCCCGCGACCUCACGUUCAUCAAGGAGUUGGGUAAUGGCCAGUUUGGGGUGGUGAAGUACGGAAAGUGGCAGGGCCAGCACGAUGUGGCCAUAAAGAUGAUUAAAGAGGGCUCCAUGUCAGAAGAUGAUUUCAUAGAAGAAGCCAAAAUUAUGAUGAAGCUUCGGCAUGAGAACCUGGUACAGCUGUACGGGGUCUGUACCAAACAGAGACCAAUUUAUAUAGUGACUGAGUUCCUUGCAAACGGCUGCCUGCUGUCGUACCUCAAAGAGGGCCUGACGCAGCAUCCCACGCCGGUCCAGCUUCUUGAGAUGUGUAAAGACGUGGCCGAGGGCAUGACUUACCUUGAGGAACACCAGUACAUUCACAGGGACCUGGCUGCCAGGAACUGUUUAGUAGACGCAAAUGGAACCGUCAAAGUGACUGACUUUGGUCUGUCAAGAUACGUUUUAGACGAUGAGUACACAAGUUCAGCAGGCUCAAAGUUCCCAGUUCGCUGGUCACCACCAGAGGUUCUUCUGUACUGCAAAUUCAGUAGCAAGUCAGACAUCUGGGCCUAUGGGGUUUUAAUGUGGGAGGUGUACACUCUGGGUAAACUUCCAUACGAACGUUUCAACAACACGGAAAUAGUGGAUCAGGUGGCCCGGGGCUAUCGUCUCUUCCGCCCCCAGCUGGCUAAUGAAAAGGUCUACAACAUAAUGCAAAGCUGUUGGGCUGAUAAACCGGAUGAGAGGCCCACCUUUCAGGAGUUGGCACUGAAUGUUCAGGAUUUGCUUUAUGAACUCCAAUAGACCUGAGAAAGAAGAGGGACACUCAAACAUUGCACUCUGAUAGGCAGAGAAAAACAUCUGUGCAUGAACCUGAAAUGUUAAAAUGUUAUUAAAACUGCUAACACAAUGAAUGUGGGAAUGGAGGCCUUUACGGGGUUGUUUGUAAUGUGAAUAAAUGUAAUGUGAUCAUACACAUUUGUAAGCCCUUAUAUCGCAGUAACAGAAAUGCAGUCCUAUUUAGCAUAAUCACAAUUUGUAUAUUUCAGAAAGUGGGAGGAUUAAAACGUGACUAUUGUUUUCUGUGUAUGAUAUGCUGUCGAAUUGUGUAAUAUUGAUACUUUGAAAUUGUAAGCUAUUGUGUUGCACAAAUAAAAGCCAAGUAUGUAGGGCUUUGAAAUGUCUAAUAAA